UUGUCACGUGGUUUCUUAAUACUGAGUUAUCUGCCAAAACGUCGUAUUGAAGUUCGUUGAUAUUGGAAAUGUUUACGUGCUUUUUUGCUCUGGUUACAAUGUUCUAUCAUAAUUCGAGAAAGAAGAAUUUUUAAUAAAAUAAUGGCAUUUGUGUCUGUCUUUAAAGUGCAAGACUUUUGUAAGACGAUAAUUAAUGUGUGUAAUAUAAUAAUUCCUGUGACUCUUUUCAUACUAAUUGCGUUUAUUUUGAUCGUAUUUAAAAGUUUCAUUUGGAUACUUAUCGUGUGUUGUCUCUAUAUAACCAGUGUCUUUUAUGGGCUCGUUAUAUUAGAGUAUGUCGGCGUGGCACUCGUGAAUUUAAAUGCAAUAAGCGAUAGUUUUAAUCCAACCUAUGAAAUCAAGGAUCCGUGCAGCGUUUGCAGUAAUAAUAGCUGCAAGAGACAUAAAUUGUUGCCACAUUCGACGAAAGUGAAAAUACCGAAGGAUCUUGACCAUGCAUUAGAACAACUUCUGGAAGAUUUAUUGCAGAAAUAUGUUUGCGCAUGGUACUCGGAUUUUUCGACGAACGAAGCGUUCGUACAACAGCUUCGUUUGGCCACAGCUACUGCAACGAAAGAUAUCGCAGUUCGGUUGCUUCGCACAGACGUGUCCAAUGUCGUGUUUUACCAUUUAAUACCUCUAAUAUUGCAACAUGCUCAAGAUUGGAAAACAUUACGCACAAAGAUAAAGGAUUUGUCGGAUACAUCUUGUUUCGGGAAUCAACUGAUCGACCAUUUUGGUCGUGAGAUACAUCCAGCGAGUUACUCGCGUAAGGCAGAGCUGAAUUAUCUGAGAGGAAUUGUAACAGCGUUUAUACCGUAUUUAUUACCUACCAUCCAUGUGUCUACUAACAACAAGGUCAUACUUCGAGAAAUUUUGGCCAAUUGGAUUUUGCUGCCAGCAAUAGACGCGAUUGCUGAUCCAGACAAUAUAAAUGCGUUAGUCGCGUUAUCAACUCAUCGCGAUGUUCCAAUUUCUAACCAAGUGGACGCAGUUAAUGUACCGAUGUUGCAAUGCUGGAUGACCAUUCCAAUGAUGCCAAAAAACACGCAGAAUCACCUGAAACCCUCUUUGGAUGAAGUUUUAAAUGAUCCUCGUUUAUUGUACAUGUUUAUGCAACACAUCAAAGAGAAUGGCCCUAUGAAUCUCUUUCAGUUCUGUUUAGACAUUGAUGAUCUAAGCAAGCGUAUGUUAAAUCCAGAAAUGAGUUCGAAUGCAGAAAGUAGUUUGUACACAGAUAUUCAAAAUAUGUAUGCAACAUAUCUGGAUCCUGAAGGCCCAGAAUACUUACAUUUACCAGGAGAUAUAUCCAUGGGCAUAUGUCAAAUUUUAGAAAGAGGUCCAAAGAAAAUUCAGGAAAUGAGGACUUCACGACCAUUUUAUCAAGCACACCAAGAAGCCCAUGCUUUAUUAGAAUCUACUUGCCUACCAUCUUUCCAUCAUAGCUAUCAAUUGUAUGAUUUAUUAUGCGGACAACCAGUUCCAAGUCGAGUUACGCAGUCACCACGAUUGAGCGUUACUAGUGGAUCCGCAAAUGCAUCCUCAAAGAUUGGAAAUCAUUUUCCGAAGAUUGACGUUUUGAGAUUAUCAACCAUAGACGGGAUGUCAUAUCAAGAUAUAUAUCAAGGCGAGGAAAUAGAUUACCCUUCCCGUUCUUAUAGCGAGAUUAAACAUUCCGAUAACAGUUCCCACAGGAAUUUAACAACAUGGCGAGUCAAUAUUCCGCACAUUGAAACUGGAGAUAAUCAAACAUUAUAUUAUUAUGUCAUCGCUGUCAAUAAUAUUUCCGAAGGAAAAUCCUGGACUGUGUUACGUCGUGAUCAAGAUUUUUACAUUUUACGAACACGAUUGGCAGAGUUUCAUGGUGACAAAGAAUUGAGCGACUCGCCAUUACCAUCAAGAAAGAAUCCUCAUUCAUCAUGUACUAUUAAUAAACAACGAUAUGAAGAUUUUCUGGAAAAAUUACUAUCAAAACCAGUGCUCAGGAGUAGCGAGUUGUUGUAUAAUUUCUUGACUGUGCCAAAUUUGAAGCCUUACUUUACAAAUUAUAGCACGCCAGAUAUUGGUAUAUUGUAUCAAAGUAUGGCAUACAAAUUAAGAAAAGAGAAAGGUCAAAAUUUGGACAAGUUUCUGGCAGUGUUUCUGGCCUCGACUAAUAUUAAAAAUGAAUAUACUGAUAUUGGAGUUGAACCAGCGAAUGAAUCAACUGUACAGGAAGCGGAGGAAAAAGGACGUCGUGAUCUUGAGUUUGGAGUAUUUGGAAACAAUCUUGAUUUGGAUCUUAAUUUUAGAACUUUACUUUCCCCUUCGUUAGAACGUUCUCACGUUAAGGGUGCUUCUUUCUGUAUUGUAGAUGCUGUGGUGAGGUUACUGAAAGUUCCAUCGAUGAUUGAUCGAGUUUUAUGGAUGAUUGCUUCAUCAUCGCGUGCGAAAAUAGAUCCAUACGUCAACGUUCUACUCUACAACGCUUUAGCAAAACUUCUAAGCGGUGGUCGUGCAGCGACCGUGGUAAAACUUCUGCACACAAAGGUAUUGUGUGAGAAGAAGGAUUCAUCUCAAGUGAAUCGCCGGAAUUACUAUGAAAUCGCAAAAACAGGAUUGUAUGGUUUGUUGCCUUAUUGGUUAAUGGUAUUUUAUAAGCCAUGGAUUGAAAUAAUGGAUUCAAUUUUGGACUCCUUACAAAAUGCACCGCUUAAUAAGCAUCUGGCAUAUGUUCUUCUGGACCAGAUUUUGAUAAAUAUAUUUCCAGAACUUACAGUUUAACUUGUAUGCAUAUGAAAUAUACAUACACUACUCGUCAAAAAGAUUAGAUAGUUACAUUUAAUUUCU